AUGUCUUUGAGCGACAUCGGCCAACGCACCAUGCACUUUUCGGUGCCGCAACCGCCCAGCUCCAAGGACAGGUUGACGUACGGGCUGCUCGGGGUGCUGAACUGCUUCUUCUUCGGCCUCGGGAUGAUCGUCAUCGGUUUUCUGCAAAAUGAUGUGUCCAACAUGAUGAUUGGCAUUCUCCAGCUCCUCCUGCCAGUCAUCGGUUGGAUCUGGGCCGUCGUUUGGGGCGUCCUCAUUGUUUUGAAAGCGACCCUGAAGGACACGUCCUAUACGAGUCCGGUAUAG